UAGUUACGUAUUAUAAAUAUAACAAAUUUGACAAGUAGUUUUAAAAACAAGAAAAAUAAGGGGUCUAAAAUGGAAAUCCUGGCUGUGGGCCUGGCGGCCUUAUGCCAACUGAUGGGCUGCUACUUUUUUUUCGCUCAGCCGCAGGAUCGCUGUUCGCCGGCUCCAGAUUUGGCCAGCUAUCUAUUCCUGGGUGCCACGUUGUGUUUCCUGUGGGACACCAACAUCUAUCCUCGACGAUUUAUGCACAUGACCCGCUUUUGGCGCAUCCUGAUAGAGAUUGUGGCAUGCAUUCUGAUGGCCGAGGUGGGCACCAUCAUAAUUUGGUGUGGCCUGGAAAGGUUUCUGUUCAGCCUGACGAAGGAAAUGCUGAGUUUGAUGCAGUGCAGCUGCCGACCCUCGCCCUUUGUAUAUUGGCUUUCGGGACUAAUUACCAGCCUGGUUAGCGGAGCAAUGCUCUGGUAUGUCCUUAAGGCCACCGACGGCAUGUACUAUAUAAGGAAGUUUUCCCGCAAUCUGCGAGCCACCAUGGGCGUAUCCUGGCGGAUGUUCCGCUGCUACAUGGACAUGAACACGAAGGGCAAGCGUCGAGCAUUAAAGAUAUGCCAAUUGGCCGGGAAAGUGCGCAACUGCCGAAAGGCAUCUCGUAAAUAUUGUGAAUCGGAUGAUGAUGAAAGCUGUGACUAGUCUGGAAAUCAUCGAUGGCAGUUUGUAUACUUUUCGCUAUGUAGCAGACAAUGAAAAUGUUGUAUUCUUUCCUAUAACGAUCUUAUUUUCUGGCAAAAAUGUUAAUAAAAUUUUAA